AUGUCCGAAGUCCCAGAGAGCCGACCUAUCAAAUUCACGAUCACCCAUCAUCGCCAGCAACAACACUCCCAUGAGGCAUUCAUGAACUGGAUGAUUGAGAAGCACCUACCUCUUGCCAUGCCCGUCUUCAAGAAAUACGGAGUCCUUGAAUACUCGCUCUUCGUUACACCCCCUUCUAUGAAUAACGCAUUGAGGCAAGAGAUUGGACAGGUUCGACCGAGCUGGGAGUUCGCCGACUUCGACUGCUUCAUCGAAUACACACUUCCCGAUGUGGAUACCAUCAAGAAAGUCAUGUCGGACCCAGAUUGGCAGGUAGCAGUCAAGGACCAGGGUGACUGGGUUCAGGUCCCGAAGGCUUUGGUUUCUGUGGGAUACUCUACCCCGUAUGUGAUUAACGGGGAGCCUGUAAACUUGCCAAAGUGA